AUGGCUGCCGAAAACAAGCCGGAAGGACUGAAGAAAAUCCGUAAUCCGGAUCGAAUGUACAGAUCAGCGGUAUGCUAUGCGGGCCAUGCUCCUCCUAAGGGUGUCAGCGCUGACACCGAGAUGAACAAUGAACAUGGACAUUUGAAAAUAUACCUGCCCAAAAAGCUGCUUGAAUGUCUACCAAAAUGCUCCUCGCUGCCAAAGGAGAGGCACAGGUGGAACACCAACGAGGAAAUCGCAGCUUACUUGAUAACAUUCGAAAAGCACGAGGAAUGGUUAACGACGUCCCCUAAAACAAGGCCACAGAAUGGGUCCAUGAUCCUGUACAACAGGAAGAAGGUGAAGUACCGUAAGGAUGGCUACUGCUGGAAGAAGAGGAAAGAUGGCAAGACCACGCGCGAGGACCACAUGAAGCUCAAGGUGCAGGGCGUCGAGUGUCUGUAUGGCUGCUACGUCCACUCCUCCAUCAUCCCCACCUUCCAUCGCAGGUGCUACUGGCUGCUCCAGAACCCUGACAUCGUGCUGGUGCACUACCUGAAUGUUCCGGCCAUUGAGGACUGUGGUAAGCCAUGCGGCCCCAUCCUGUGCUCCAUCAACACCGACAAGAAGGAGUGGGCCAAGUGGACCAAGGAGGAGCUCAUCGCCCAGCUCAAGCCCAUGUUUCAUGGCAUCAAGUGGACUUGCAGCAACGGGAGCAGCAGCUCCGGCUUCUCUGUGGAGCAGCUGGUGCAGCAGAUACUGGACAGCCACCAGACCAAGCCGACCCCCCGGACCCACAACUGCCUCUGCACAGGCACCAUGGGCGCUGGCAGCAGCGUGCACCACAAGUGCAACAGUGCCAAGCACCGCAUCAUCUCGCCCAAGGUGGACCCGCGCUCCAGCGGCUAUGGCGGCGGCGGCGGGCACUCGGAGCUGCAGAACAGCGAUGUGUCGGAGGGCAAGAACGAGCACAGCCACGCCGGCAAGAGCUCCGGCGGCGGAGGAGGUGGAGGAUCGGGAGGUGCCCGGGAGAAACGCAACGGGAAAGUCCACAAGCCAUCGCUGCUGCACCAGAACAGCACAGAGGUGACGUCAACCAACCAGGUGGAGGUGCCCGACACCACGCAGAACUCCCCGGUGUCCAUCAGCAGCGGGCUGAACAGUGAGCCCGACAUGGCCGACAGUCCUGCCGUGGCCGCCGCCAUGGGCUCGCACGUGGCCUCCGUCAUGGGCGGCCUCUCCCAGAGCGUCUUCAUGUCCGAGGUGACCGGGGACCCCGUCUACAGCAUGUCCCCCACCACGGGCCACAACAACGCCCACAUCAUGGGGCCCGACGCCUCGCACGGCCUGGUGCUCGCCGUGGCCGCCGACAGCCACAAGUUCGCCUUCCCUGGUGGUGGUGGCGGACCGGAUGUUACCGGCAACGGUCAGGGUGUCGUCGGCGGGUCGGACGGGCUGUCCAUGCUCUCGGCCACCGGCGACGAGCUGGUCCUCUCCAGCAGCCUGGACUCCCCCAACAUCAAGCUCUCCGAGACCACCAUGAACUUCGACCCCGACUGCUUCCUGAACAACCCCAAGCAGGGCCAGACCUACGGCGGCAGCGCCAUGAAGGUGGAAGGUGGGGGCUCGUCCGGGAGUUGCGCCUCCUCCUCCGUGUCUUCGGUCGUCACCACCAACGGAAGUCUUCAACACUCGCCGUCCAUGUCGGACUCCGGCUACGGCGGCUACAGCGCGGCGCUGGUGAAGAACAUCAAAGUGGAGGACACCUCGUUCGAACAGCAGCUGGCUAAAGAGAGUGGCUAUCAGGUCGGGGUGGUGGGGAGCUGCGGCGGGAACGUGUCCUCCUGUUCCACAGGAAACUCUGCCCAGGGUUCUAUGACCCUGACCCCGGCUGGCUCACUACUGCCCUCGGGUGGGGGCCUGAGUCCCAGCACCACCCUGGAACAGAUGGACUUCAGCGCCAUCGACACCAAGCAGGAUUACUCCGCAUCCGUGGCCACGUCCGUGGGGUACGUCCACACCAUGCCCAGCCCCCACAUGAGCCGCUCGCCCAGCUUCUUCCUGCAGGAGGCUCAGGCGGCCCAGGCAGCGGCGGUGUCCCAGCAAGGGAGGCCCGGCUCUGGGCAGCAACAGCAGCAGAAGAGCCACCUCCUGGAGCACAACUCCCACGACGGAUCCUACAUGGGCCUGCAGGUGGUGAAGACCGACUCUCCCGGUGGCAGCAACGGACACCUGCACCACCACCACCACCACCACAACCCACACCAGAGCCAGCACAGAACCAACUGCAACGGGGUCUCGCCUACCGAAGGCCCAGGCCACCAGUCCGGGUCGCUUCAGCUCCUGCAGUACCACCAGGGAGGCUUCCCCGGUCUAGGGCCCGAGCACGAGGAAGUGGUGGGGCUGGAGCAGCCGGGCAGCGCAGGUGGCGGUGGUGCCAGCGGCGGCAGCCACGGGGGGCCUACUGAGAACGGGGGAGACGGCCUACUCAAGGCUGGGGAUCACCUCCAGGCCUGCGGAGGUGGAGCAGGCGGAAACGGAGAGGGCGGAGGAGGGGGGCAGGACCACUACAUGCAGCAGCAGGGCAACGAUGCAGGAGCAGGAACCAACGGCCUGAGGAACGGCAACGGCGGCAACACCAACGGCAACUCCAACCAACAACAGCAGCAGCAGCAGCAGCAGCUUCAGCCUCUGCUCCAGGGAGCCGGCCUGGUCCAGGGGCUCUACAACACCCACCAGGGCCUCGGCGGGGCAGGAGGUGGUGGCGGAGGAGGUGGUGGCGGAGGAGGAGGAGGUGGCACCACCUCUAGCAGCAUGGAGAUCAGCCUGGACCACUUCGACAUCUCCUUCGGGAACCAGUUCUCCGACCUCAUCAACGACUUCAUGUCCGUAGACGGAGGGGCCGCUGCUGCUGCCGCCGCCGCCGCCGCUGCUGCUGCUGCUGCCGGCGUGGGGCCCGGGGCCGCGCUGUACACCCACCAGCUGGUGCCCCCCCCAGGGCCGGACGGGCAGCCCGGCUCCGGAGCUACACAGGCACCGGGCCAGGAGGACGGGGCAAACCGAGGAGCCAGCUACAGCCCCUCGGAGCUCUGCCUCCAGCCCUGCUGCAGCCCCCAGUCCCUGGGCAGUGGUGGUGGUGGGGCAGGGGCUGGAGGAGGAGGAGGGGGGUCUGGGGAGACGGGGUCUCUGGCGUAUAUGCAGGUGGCGGAGGUGGUGUCUGCGGCGGUGGCCCAGGGAGCUCUGGGGAUGCUGCAGGCCACCGGCAGGCUGUUCAUGGUCACGGAUUACUCGCCCGAGUGGUCAUACCCUGAGGGUGGGGUGAAGGUCCUGAUCACCGGGCCGUGGCAGGAGGCCAGCAGUAACUACAGCUGCCUGUUCGACCAGAUCUCCGUGCCCGCCUCGCUCAUCCAGCCUGGAGUCCUACGAUGCUACUGCCCAGCCCAUGACACGGGCCUGGUGACCCUGCAGGUGGCUGUGAGUAGCCAGAUCAUCUCCAACUCGGUGGUGUUUGAGUACAAGGCGCGGGCCCUGCCCUCCCUGCCCUCCUCCCAGCACGACUGGCUCUCCCUGGACGAUAACCAGUUCAGAAUGUCCAUCCUGGAGCGUCUGGAGCAGAUGGAGCGACGUAUGGCCGAGAUGGCCGGACACCAGCAGCAAGGAGGCGCGGGGGCCGGGGGAGGAGGCGCGGGGGCCGGAGGAGGAGCGGCAGGUGGGGGAGGAGGAGGAGGAGGAAGCACUAACUACACGGUGUGUGUGUGUGUGUGUGGCCAGGCGGGCAGCUCCUUCGAGAGCCGUGUGGUGGUGGUGUGUGAGAAGAUGAUGAAUCGCGCCUGCUGGGCCAAGUCCAAGCACCUGAUCCACUCCAAGACCUUCAGGGGCAUGACGCUGCUGCACCUGGCCGCCGGACAGGGAUACGCCACCCUCAUACAGACCCUCAUCAAGUGGCGCACGAAGCACGCUGACAGCAUUGACCUGGAGCUGGAGGUGGACCCGCUCAACGUGGAUCACUUCUCCUGCACCCCACUGAUGUGGGCGUGCGCCCUGGGCCACCUCGAGGCGGCGGUGGUGCUCUACAAGUGGGACCGGCGGGCGCUGGCCAUCCCCGACUCCCUGGGCCGCCUGCCCCUCUCCAUCGCGCGCUCGCGGGGCCACACCAAGCUGGCCGAGUGCCUGGAGCAGCUCCAGAGGGAGGAGCAACAGCAGACCGCCUCCUCGCUGGCCCUGCCGCCCCUGCCCCCGCCCCCACCCCCGCCUGGAUCGCGCCUCGCAGGCUACUCGCCCAACAACGGCUCCGACAACAAUAAUAAUGGUGGCAACACCCCCGCGUCUGAUGCUGGAGGCUGGAUGGUGAACUGGGCAGCGGCGGAGGGGGUGAUGAGCACCCCUAGUGGUGGACAGAGGAGUGGAGCGCCCACCAAUACGACCAACACCACGGCUAGCAGUGUGACGUCUGGAGACUUGAGGAGGCCACGGUCGGAGCCCUCCAACUACUACAGCAGCGAGUACCAGCGAGACCUCCCGCUGGCCAAGAAACACAAGCCCAACCCUGAGUCCUCCGGGACAGUAGGGGGAGCCGCAGGAGGAGCUCCUGUGGUGACACUGUCAGGGGCGCAGUCUCGACCGGACAAAGCCAUGUCCGUCCCCCUGAGCCUGGAUCAGCAGCAGCAGCAGCAGCAACAGCAACAGUUCCACAAGCUCUCGCCCAGCCCCAGGACCCUCUCGCCGCAGCCCCUCAGCCCAGAGAAGGGGCUCGAGGAUGGGGCAGCCAGCGGAGGUGGCGGUGGGGCCAAGUGGAGCUUGAGGGAGGUGUACGGUCGUAAAGGAGGCUCAGGAGGAGGAGGUGGAGGAGGCGGUGGAGGAGGAGGUGGUACCCUGGGGAAGGAGAAGCUGGCGGGGAGGCUGAGGCAGAGGGAGUCCCUGAGCAUGCUGAUGAUGACGGAGAGGGAGAUGGUGGUGGACACGGACACGCUCCUCAACUACCGGGAGGAUCUGGAGAACCAGGAGUGUCUCACACACAUGGAUGACCUGCAGGCGAACAUGAUGACGUUGGCGGAGCACAUCAUCGAGGCCACCCCGGAGCGCAUCAAGCAGGACAACUUCUCCCCCGCGGACGCCGCCACCGUGCCCCUGGACGCCGCGGGCUCCGGGGUCAGCAGCACCAUGAGCUGGCUCGCCAGUUACCUGGGCGACGCCGAGCACCUUCCCAGCAUCAUACACCUCCGGUCGCUGUACAGCGAGCCCCUGACGCCCUCAUCCAACCCGGGCCUGAGUCCGGGAGGGUCCCCCCUGCACAACGUGUCGCCCCUGGAGAAGCCUGCCGCUGGAGGAGGAGGAGGAGGAGGAGGAGGGGGAGGUGGUGGAGGGGGAGGUGGAGGAAGCCUGCCAUCCCCCGCCGAGUGGAGCGAGUUCCUGAGCGCCUCCAACAGCAAGGUGGAGCGUGACCUGGCCCAGCUGACGCUGUCCGACCCCGAGCAGAGGGAGCUGUACGAGGCCGCGCGCCUGGUGCAGACCGCCUUCCGCAAGUGCAAGGGCCGACCGCUGCGAGAGCAACAGGAAGUGGCCGCUGCCGUCGUUCAGAGAUGUUACAGGAAGUAUAAACAGCUAACAUGGAUAGCCUUGAAGUAUGCACUUUAUAAGAAGAUGACGCAGGCCGCCAUCCUAAUCCAGAGCAAGUUCCGCAGCUACCACGAGCAGAAGAAGUUCCAGCAGAGCCGGCGGGCAGCCAUGCUGAUCCAGCAGUACUACCGCAGCUACAAGGAGCUCGGACGCCAGCGGCCGCACCGCCGCACUGCCGCUCUGGUGCAGCACAAGCUCAGGAACAGUCUGCUCACUAAGAGGCAGGACCAGGCCGCGCGUAAGAUCAUGAGGUUUCUGCGCCGCUGUCGCCACAGCCCUUUGAUGGACCAUAGACUGUUCAAGCGGAGUGAAAGACUUGAGAAAGGCCAAGGAACAUGA